GGAGUGUCUGACAGUUGGCGCGACCCGGAGGGCGGGCAGCCGCCUCGUGGGGGUGCGGGGCCCAGAGCUCCAGGAUCUGGGCCUGUGUCAUUACCUUUCUGAGCCCAAGUUUUCUCUGCUUAGUGAAAACCGAUCAUCUCAGACUCAUAUGUUCGUCGUGUGGAUUCUGAUGAGUGUCUUUGGCAUACCAACAGCUCGGUGGAUCGGGAUUGUAGGAUCAUCAUGGAAAGCCACUGAGGUGUGCCCACCUCAGUUCCUGGCACAGAGUGAACACUCGUGAGGACCUGCUCCAUGGGCUGCAGAAUCAGAGAGAACUUGCUUUUCAAUCUCAGAAAGGCUCCAGGAAGCAGGGUCAAGGCCAGGGAGACAAUGGUCUCAGUGACUAUGGCCACUUCUGAGUGGAUCCAGUUCUUCAAGGAAGCCGGCAUUCCCCCAGGACCUGCUGUUAAUUACGCUGUGAUGUUUGUGGAUAAUCGGAUCCAGAAGAGCAUGCUGCUAGAUCUUAAUAAAGAAAUCAUGAAUGAGCUGGGUGUGACUGUCGUGGGUGAUAUCAUUGCCAUCCUCAAGCAUGCCAAGGUGGUACACCGCCAGGACAUGUGCAAAGCAGCCACUGAAUCAGUGCCCUGCAACCCCAGCCCCCUCCAGGGUGAGCUUCGCAGAGGCACUUCUAGUGCCGCUUCUCGAAUGAUUGCCAACAGCCUGAACCAUGACUCUCCACCCCACACCCCCACACGGCGGUCAGACAACAGCACCUCUAAGAUCUCCGUCACCGUGUCCAACAAGAUGGCAGCGAAGAGUGCCAAGGCUGCUGCUCUGGCCCACAGGGAGGAGGAAAGCCUGGUUGUUCCCACCAAGCGGCGGCGGGUCACAGCUGAGAUGGAGGGAAAGUACAUCAUCCACAUGCCCAAGGGGACCACUCCCCGCACCCGAAAGAUCCUGGAGCAGCAGCAGGCAGCAAAAGGUCUCCAUAGAACAUCUGUGUUUGAUCGCCUUGGUGCUGAGUCCAAAGCAGACACGACCACAGGGACUAAGCCUACAGGAGUUUUCAGCCGCUUAGGGGCCACCCCAGAGAUGGAUGAGGAUCUGGCCUGGGACAGUGACAAUGACAGCAGUAGUAGCUCUGUCCUGCAGUAUGCUGGGGUCCUGAAGAAACUAGGACGAGGCCCAACCAAGGCCAGUGCCCAACCGGCACUGACUGUCAAAGCCAAGGCCACAAGCUCUGCAACCACCACAGCUACCACUCCAAAGCUGCGACGCCUGGCACUUCCCUCUCGCCCUGGGCCAGAGAAGAAGCCGGACUCCCUGCCCAAAGUCAGCAUCCUUCAGAGACUGGGCAAGGCUGCCGUUGUGUCUGAGGCACAGGACAGCCAGGUCACAAGCACCAAGAGUAAGUCCUCAGCUGAGGUCAAGUUCGCCAUUAAGAGGACCCUGGUAGGGCCCCGGGGGAGCAGCUCCAGCGAGAGCCUUGGUGCCCAGAUGGACCACGCAGGCACUGUGAGCGUGUUCAAAAGACUGGGCCGAAGGACUUUGUAGCCACAUGCAGGGUGGGGUGCAGCAGGGAAUGGCAGGCCGGCUCCUGCUUUCAUCCCUUCAGUCUUUCUUGAGGGCACACCUGCCCUCCCACGGAGCUCUAGACGGCCCAAAGCUCUGCUCUCCCCAGCGUUCACGCUGGUUCCAAGCACUCGGGGACACAGCCAUUUUUCCUGGUUUUGAAGUUCCUGUGGCCUGACCGUGCCUGCUCUGGGACAUUCCCUUCUUCCCUGCCCUCUGUCCUCUGUGCAGUAACUGUGGCCUUGGCAUAGUCCCCUUUUCUACCUCUUCCUAAAGCCAAGAGUCCUGUUUGUUUCAUGCAGUCUACCCCUGAUAGCAGCCUCUGCUGCCUUAGGCCCUCCUGUUGUGACUGCCCCGCCACAAAGGAAUCACCUGGAGGGUCUCCCUCGGCCUGCCCUGCACCUCCCCUCCUCUCCCUCUCCUCCCCCUUCCCUGCUUGCUGUGCUCUCUCUCCCUCUCUUUCCUCUUUUCAUUUCUCUUCUGUUUUCUGUCCCUGUGGCAAGGCCCGACCGUCCGCUGCAUCCUGCCUGACCCUCCUGCACCUCUGGCCUCCCAGCGGCCCCCUCGUCGACGGUGGCGGCGAACCUGUAAAGACUGUUAGCUGCUUUCCAUUCCCAGGCUGGAGGGACAUCCCCAGACCUGGCCUGCAGCCGGGGCACCUCCAUUUCCCUGCCCUGACCGUCUUUUUCUUUGAUGGGUGGUGGGCAGCAGACACGGGAAGGGGCGGGUGCUGAGGAGCGGUGACUGCUGUUUUAAUAUACUUUUGUGACUUUGACACUGUUUCCUUCCUUCCCCUUCUUCAGUGGAGUCACAGGUCUGUGGCUCACACAGGUCUUUGUGGCGGUAGGCACUGGUGAAGGACUGGGGCUGAAGGGGAUGAUAGCGACGGUUCUCGUGGUGAGGCCUUCUCUCCUACAAGCUGCCGUGCCUGUCAUUAUGGCUUCUCCAUCGGUGUCACUAUUCUGCCACUCUGCCUGUUGGUAGAUUACCUUUAUUUUGAGACAGGAUCUCACUAUGUAGCCCUGGCUUCCCUGGAACUUGCAAUGUAGAUCAGGCUGGCCUCAAACGCUGAAGAGCCCUGCUUACCUCUGCCUCCCAAGCUCCCAAGUGCUGGGUUAAAGGCUUUCUACCACAGCCAGCUGCUUUCCUUCUUCUUUUUUUGUUUUUUUGAAACCCAAGGUGGCUCAAACUUGCUAUAUAGUUGAGGAAGACUUAGAACGUCUCUCUUUACAAAUAAAUUUAUUUUGUGUGUAUAAAUAUUUUGUUUCUGUGUAUGUAUUAGGCACAUAAGUGCCUGAUGCCCAUGGAGACUUGGAAAAAGAUGCUGGAUACCCUGAGACUGAAGUUAAGUAAGGAUAGUUGUGAGACCCUUUGUGGAUUCUGGGAAUGAAACUUGUGUCCUCUGUAAGCAACAAAUGUGCAUAACCACUGAGCCCAUGCUUUGAGUUUCUAAUCCUCUGAUCUAGUCCGUGAGAUUUCUCACAUUAGAGGCCUGGGCCACAACGUCAGGGCUUUAUGUGUGCAGGAGACUAGGUCCAGGCCUUAUGUGAACAUUCUGUUAGCUUCCACCACUCCCACCCCCCUUUUUGAGACUGUGUUACUGUGUCACACAGGUUAGCCUCAAAAUCAAGAUUCUCUUACCUCUUCCUCUGGAGUGCCACAGUUACAGGUGUUAGCCAGCAGCUGACAGCCCCUUAGAUGUCAUGACAUUGUAUUACAGUGUGGUACAGUUGGCCGAGACCACUGCAGGUUCUGAGGUGGCCUCAUGGGGUGAACUGAGAAUAAGAAGAGGCAAGCUUUUAGAGUUGAGGAGAACAUUCUGAGGGAAGGACAGCCACAGGCAAAGACCUUGAGGUGGGGCCAUGACCAGGAAGGUGACUGGCUAUGCAAAAGGCAUGGCUGCUAGAUAAGAGAAUGAAUGGGAAGAAGAGGGUGGCAGUAUUUCAGUAACCGUUAGAGUAGAGGUGCCCGGUGUGUUCGGCCACAUGUGCGGUCCCAGCACUGGGGAGAUUCAGGCUUGAGAAUAUCUUACUUUGAGAUCAGCCUGAAAUAUAUAGCAAGAUCUUGCCUCAAAAAUGUAAAGAUUUAAAAAACAAAACAAAACAGGCUGGAGAGAUGGCUCAGGGGUUAAGAGCACUGACUGCUCUUCCAGAGGAUCUGAGUUCAUUUCCUAGCGGCUCACAACCAUCUGCAGUGGGAUCUGAUGCCCUCCUCUGGUGUGUCUAAAGAGUGACACUGUACUCAUAUACAUAAAAAUAAAUAAAUCUUUAAAAAAACCCAACAAUUUCCAUUC